GUUACUCCCGUGCGUCAAGACCAGCAACCCAACCUCCUCAAUUCCUCAAGAUGACAAAACGCACCAAGAAAGUAGGAAUCACGGGUAAAUACGGUACUCGUUAUGGUGCUUCCCUCCGUAAGCAAGUCAAAAAGAUGGAAAUCUCGCAACACGCGCGAUACACCUGCACGUUCUGCGGCAAGGAUUCAGUUAAGAGAACGGCGGUUGGGAUUUGGAAUUGCGGAGCGUGCAAAAAGGUCAUUGCUGGAGGCGCAUGGACCGUUUCGACAACGGCUGCUGCUACCGUUCGCAGCACGGUCCGUCGGUUGCGUGAACUGACUGAGGCAUAGAAUGUACCACGUCUUUUGAUUUCCAUCUUUUUUUCAUCAUGUUAUGUUCGUAUGCCCACAUGAAUCCUACCCAGCAUGAACAAGC